UCUCUCUCUCUCUCUCUCUCUCUCUCAUCUAUUUUCGACCUUUUGCUAUUUUCGAAAAAUCUCUGCCUCUUCAUGAAGCAAACCAUUUCUGUCGUUGACUAUAUAUAUAAAGGAUAACAUCACCAUCCACCUCCUCCUCUUAUUCUCAUCUUUCAAGUGCCAUCUAUUGUAGAUCCACCACUUGUGAAAGAAAGCAUGCUAGUUUUGGUUUUGGUUGCUUAAUCUUUCUGUUCUUUGCUCGCUCUACCAUGAAGAUGGAGGUUGAAUAUCAACAAGAAUACAAAAGGAAUUCAAGAGGAGUGCAGCUCUUUACAUGCAGAUGGUUGCCUUUUUCUUCUCCAAAGGCUCUUGUUUUCCUUUGCCAUGGGUAUGGCAUGGAGUGCAGCGGUUUCAUGAGAGAAUGCGGGAUAAGGCUUGCGCGUGCGGGAUAUGCUGUAUUUGGGAUUGAUUAUGAAGGACAUGGACGAUCCAAGGGUGCUCGUUGUUACAUCAAGAAGUUUGACAACAUCGUUAAUGACUGCUAUGAUUUUUUCAAGUCAGUUAGUGUGCAGGAAGAGUACAAGAAUAAGUGCAGGUUCUUGUAUGGAGAGUCCAUGGGAGGGGCAGUGGCCCUACUAUUGCACAAAAAGGACCCUGCUUUUUGGAAUGGUUCCAUUCUUGUUGCACCCAUGUGUAAGAUAUCAGAGAAGGUGAAGCCGCACCCGGUGAUUGUGAAUAUCUUGACCCGAGUAGAAGAAAUUAUUCCGAGAUGGAAGAUAGUUCCCACGAAGGAUGUCAUCGAUGCGGCCUUCAAAGACCCUAUUAAGCGAGAAGAAAUAAGGAACAACAAGUUGAUAUACCAAGACAAACCCAGGCUGAAAACUGCUCUGGAAAUGCUGAGAACUAGUAUGAGCCUUGAAGAGAGUUUAAGUGAGGUGCAACUACCAUUCUUUGUGUUGCAUGGGGAAGCAGAUAUAGUGACGGACCCAGAAGUAAGCAGGGCACUGUAUGAGCGAGCGAGCAGCAGAGACAAGACCAUAAAACUGUACCCAGGAAUGUGGCAUGGUUUAACAUCUGGAGAGCCUGACGAGAACAUUGAAAUUGUAUUUGCCGACAUCAUAGAUUGGCUUGUUAGACAUACCAGCGACAACAAUAGUACUGUUGCUGAUCAACCAAUUCACCCUACAUACAACAAUGGCAUAAUUGAAUUAGCCGCCACUGCAGCGUGCCCGGCAACAAUAAAUAAACAACCGCGGCAACAUCGAAGACAAUCACACAGCAGUUAUCUUUGUGGGUUGAAGGGGCGCCGUUUGUUCCAUCACUCAGCAAUGUAGCUAGCCUACUUUUUGAUCGGUCCUUAAUUGUGUCUGCUCCUAAUCUUUCUCUAUGGUUGUGGUUUACUUUAUAUAUAGCUAGUGGUCUUCAUUUUCUCCCGAGUAUGAUGUGAAUAAUUGGUUCUUGUUGAUGUACCUACGGUAAUUGCUUUC